AUGUCGUCCAAGCUGGAAGCCCCCCAACAAUUCAAGCAGCCUUCUCGCAAAGGCAAGAAGGCCUGGCGCAAGAAUGUCGAUGUCACUGAAGUGCAGGAGGGUCUCCGUCUCCUGAAGGACGAAGAGAUCAAAGGUGGUGUUGUUGCUGAGAAGCCAUCUGAGGAGCUGUUCACAUUCGAUACUACUGGAUCGGAAGACGUUCGGAAAACCGUCGCAAAGAAACACAAGUCGCUCAAGGCUGACGAAAUUAUUGCUCAACGAUCUGCAAUCCCCGCUCUUGACUCUCGCAAGCGUGUCAGCUCCAACGUCACCGACGGCGUUAUUGAGCCAAAGACCAAGAAGCACAAGAAGGACUGGGUCAGCAACAAGGAAUUGCAGCGCUUGAAGCAAGCGGCGAGAGAUGCAGACAUCACCAAGAAGGGCAGCAAUGAAAUUUACGACCCCUGGGCGGAUGAAGGCGACAACUCAGUCGCCGUCGAAGACCCCCGUUUCGACUUCUUGCCGAAACCGAAGGCCAAGGUCGCCCCCGAGACCUUGAAACAUGCACCGAUCUCUCUUGCCGCCAACGGAAAGCCCAUCCCCUCGGUACGAGUGCCCCAGGGCGGAGCCAGCUACAACCCUCAAUUCGAAGAAUGGGAUCGCCUUAUCCAGGAGUAUGGUCGGGAGGCCGUCGAGGCCGAGAAGAAGCGCCUUGACGAAGAAUUGAAAGAGCAGGAGAAGCAGCGCCUAAUAGAAGCUGCCCAGGGUGACGAUGGCGAAGUCAAGUCGGAUGACGAGAGUGCAUGGGAGGGCUUCGAAAGUGAAUACGAGAAGCCCGAGUGGUUGAACAAGAAGCGACCCGAAAGAAAGACCAAGACCCAGCGCAACAAGAUUAAGCGGCGCAAGGAAGCCGAGAGGCAGGCGAGGUGGGAAGCUCAGAAGGCAAAGAAAGAAGCACAGAUGGAGAAGGUUCAAGAACUUGCUGAGCAUGCCGAUCAGCCUGAAAAUGAUUCCGAUGCCGACGAUUCGGACGAGGGAGAUGAGACGAAGCUGCGACGAAAGCCUUUGGGGGGCAAGCUUGCUGCCCCGCAGAAGCCAUUGGAGCUGGUGCUUCCCGAUGAACUACAGGAUUCUCUCCGUCUCUUGAAGCCGGAAGGCAACCUGUUGGACGAUCGGUUCCGAACGCUGAUUGUCCAGGGCAGACUCGAGUCUCGUAUGCCCGUGAGCCAGGCUAAGAAGGCUAAGAGAAAGAUCACGGAGAAGUGGAUGUCGAAGGACUUCCAAGUUCCUGGCCUCUAUUGA